AUUGUUAGAUUUUCGAGAAUCGGCGGCGGAGUAUUCUCGCCGGAAAAUGGGGAAAGCUAGAGGAGUUAACAGCGGCGGAGGAGAGAGCUCUCUCGGUUAUCUUUUUGGUUCCGGCGAGUCUGUUUCCAAACCAAGCAAGCCCACCGCUAACACCAGCUUUACCACCACCACGACUACCACAACAACAACCGAUGGAGCUGGAGGAAGACCGAAGACCACGACAACAACCACCACCACCGGAGAUAAAAACAAGACAGAGGAGAACUCGGCUGGUGUGAGAGGAAGUCCUAAUAAUUACUACAGAUCAGAUGGCCAAAACUGUGGCAACUUCCUCACGGAACGACCAUCUACGAAGGUUCAUGCUGCACCAGGUGGAGGAUCUUCUUUGGGUUACUUGUUUGGAUCUGGCCCAUCUGACUCAGUGGAGGAGAUUCAAAACUCAGAGCAGAGAAUGACGACGAUUGUUCCGACCUCUGAAGUAGAUCCUUAUCUCGCCAUUGUUCGUUUCACUUCCCAGCUUGCCUGGGCUGAUGCUGGUCCCGAGGUUGCAGAGCCUGAAGUUUCCAGGCUAUGUAGGGAAGCAGAGGAUGUUAUAAUAGAUGGGAAGUGGCUGGGUUUGGCAACGUUAAUGGUAACUUCAGCUGACUUGGUAUCAUCUAAGAUCUCUGAGAAAGAUCUUGAGUGUACCUACACCAUAAUUUGCAGCCUUGUCAAGAAUGUGACAAGUCCUGAGGAAGUCCUUGAAAUGGUGAAAGUUAUAGCUUUGAAGGUUGUUCAACAGCCGACUGACAAAGCUACAUUGCGUUUGAGAAUCCUCUUCAAUCUAUAUAAUCUGCUAGACCACCCAAAUGCUCGUUUUCAAGUAUACAUGAAAGCUCUGGAACUGGCUGUAAACGGGAAGGUUACCGAGUAUAUUGUGCCUUCCUUUAAGAAAAUUGACAGCUUCUUGAAAGAGUGGAACAUUGACAUCAAAGAUCAGCGCGAAGUAUUUCUUUCCAUUGCUAAAGUACUGAGAGAAAAUAAAAGUUUGGCGAAAGAAUCCCUUCAGUUUGUGACAAAAUAUUUGGCAACUUUCUCCAAUGAGGAUACCCAGGUCCUGAGUGAAGCCAAGGAGGAAGCUGUACGAGCUGUUAUUGAAUUUGUCAAGGCUCCCAGUACAUUUCAGUGUGAUUUAUAUGACAUGCCAGCCGUCGCACAAUUGGAGAAGGAACCUAAUAAUGCACCAGUUUACCAGCUACUGAAGAUUUUUCUUACCCAGAGGCUGGAUGCAUACAUGGAAUUCCAAAAUGCGAAUUCAGGAUUUCUGCAAACCUAUGGGCUUGUCGAGGAAGACUGUGUAGCAAAGAUGAGAUUGUUGUCACUAGUUGAUUUGGCGUCAGAUGAAUCUGGCAAAAUACCGUAUGCCUCAAUCAAGAAUACUCUACAGGUAAAUGACGAGGAGGUUGAAAUGUGGGUGGUUAAGGCAAUAACUGCAAAAUUGGUUGAUUGUAAGAUGGAUCAGAUGAACCAAGUUUUUGGACAAAAGCAAUGGAAGUCUCUUCAAACAAAGCUUGCAGCUUGGCGGGACAAUGUUAGGAAUGUAAUCAGCACAAUAGAAGCGAACAAGGCAACAGAGGAAGGUACUCAGACAUCAUCAGCAGCUCAGGGAUUGACUGUCCGUUGAAAGAUUUAUCAGAAGAAGAAGCUUCUCAAUCUAAAGACUGAUUUGAUUAUUGUCAUCUCAAAAGCCGUUUAUUGUAUUCUUUGCAGAGUUUUUUUUUACCGUAGGAUCUUUUUGAUUCGU